AGCUACAAAAGAUAUUUGAGAAAAAUUUCCCAAAAUUUUGUUCGUCAGUUUUUUUUUUAUAUUUCGGGGCUGCAAAACAAUAACAUUCCAGGCGGAGAAAUUAAUCAUGAAUUGGCACACGGGCAACAUAGCUGAGGCUGUAGCCGAGUCCAAGGCCAAUGAUGCCAUCUUCGUCGUUUACAUUGAAGGCCAGGAUGAGAUGUCGGCCAAACUGGACAGGUUCCUUGGCGACUCGCGCGUCAGCUCCAAACUGAUGACAUCCGACUUUGUUGCAGUUAAAAUACAAGGCGAUAGUCCAACCUACGCUCAGUUCAUAGCGCUGUACAAAGUCGUGCCAGUGCCAUCGAUUUUCUUCAUUGGUAACUCAGGCACACCGCUGGACGUGACCACAGGCAUCAUUGAGAGCGUCGAGGAGCUGGUGGCCAAAAUCGAUAAAGUGCUGCUGCUGGCGGGCAAGCAAACCAAUCAGGAAGCAUCUACCAGUAGUCACAUAGAGACUCCAGCUGCUGAGCUGGAACGCAGCAUUGCUGGCGAGGAAAAGAAGAAACAAGCACAGCAGGAGCAGCAAUCUGAGCAGGAGGAACAAACGGAACAAGCAACAGAGGAGAGUGCAUCAGAGGAGGGUUCAUCGGAGGCACCUGCUCCCGAGCCCAUUGAAACACCGGAACUCUCCAGCGAUGCAGCCGAUGAACCAAUUCAGCCAGUCAUUGCACCUGAGCCAACGUCGACCUCUUCGACAGCCGCUGCUGCCGCAGAGAAACGAGCAGCUAGUGCAGCUGCUACGGCGGUGGCCUCGCUGAUGCCAGUGAGUGUGCCGCUUGUGCCACCUCAAGCUGACAACGGCAGCACACGUUCCCUGACUCAGGAGCCAGUGGACAUACAGCAGCUGGUAGAGCAGAAGCGUGCGGAGCGACAGAAGGAGCAGCGACGUCGCGAGAAGGACAACGAGCUGCGACGACGUCGCGAGGGACGCGAAUCGCAAGUGCAUCAACAACAAGCCAGGGAACAGGAGCUGAAGAACAUGCAGGAACGUCUACGUCGUGAGAAACAGGAAGAGCAGGCAGCACGGGAGCGAAUUAAGGCACAAAUCGCCGCCGAUCGCGCAGAGCAAGCGAACAGAGCGGAAGCGCAGAACGUCAACACACAGUCGAACACAACGAACACGGCAUCAACGCCAGUUGAGUCCACGCAGAGCAACAGCAGCUCGUCGGAUGAGACACGUCUACAGAUUCGCCUGCCUGGUGGAAUAACGCGCACCAAGGCUUUUCCCAGUGCUGAGCCUUUGGCCACAGUGCGCGUCUAUGUGACCAACGAACUGCUCGCUGGCAACAGCAAUGUUCGCAACUUCAGCUUGGCCACGAGUUAUCCGCGUCGCGAAUUCCAAACCGAGGAUGAGAUUAAGUCACUGCUUGAGCUGAAUCUGGUGCCCAAUGCGGUGCUGUUGGUUCUGCAGCGUGAGCAAGUCAAUAGCGUUGUGCGCACCAGCAACAAUCUGUUCAGCAUUUUGUCCAGCGUUCUGUGGGCGAUACUCACACCCGCAACGAUGGCAUUUGACUAUCUGAACAAGAUGGGAUUGCAACGCAUACGACAGCGUUUCGUCCAGAUGGUCUCCAAUGUGGGCUUCAAGACGCCAGGACGCGCAGUUGACAUCGAUGUGGCAGCCGCUCAAGAUGCUUCUGCACGUCGCAAUAUGGGCAUGUUUACGCUGCAGUCGCGGCCACGUUCGCCGCCCGCUGAGUCGACGGCAGACGAUGCCACAUCCACUUACAGCACCGAUCCUCAGUAUGAACCGCCCAACAUGUUCUUCUCCCAGGGCGCCAGCUCACAGCAAAACAGUCAACGUGCUGGAGGCGGAGCAAGUUCAAGUUCCAAUGCCAAUUCUGGUGGCAGUUUUAGACGCUAUGGCGGAUCGAACAUACGUCGACUGGCGGACACCAAGGAUGACGACGAUGAGAAGGCGACCUACAAUGGCAACUCGACUCAGCAGCAAUAAAAAAGAAGCAACACAUCAGCUAAAUUACAUUAGCUAACGUUAGCUAAAUAUUAAAUGAUCUAUAUAUAAAUAAUAUCCCCCUUUAGAGCUCUCCCUCCCUUCCACACAUAUGUUAUAUUCUCUCAGCUUCAAAAAUAUGUAGCUUUAAAUUAUUAUUAUUAUCUAAAUAAAUACGAACCAUAAUCAGAG